UAGUUUCGAUUAGCAUUACCACCUCCCCCGGUCAGUGAUUACAUGGCAAUCAGACGAAAAGUUAUCGGUACACUGUGAGCUCCUACACCUAGUGGAUAGGUUCUGUUCUGCCCUGGACGAUUUAGUAAAAUUUAGCAGUAAAAUGACGCACAUUCUAGAAUUGGUGUCCCUAGUCGUAGCAGUUAGUUUAGUGUUCAAUAUCGAUUCAGCUCAUGCGGCCAGAAAUAACAAAUUUGUCACAUGCGGCACGGUUCUCAAACUUUUCAACACGGACUACCGGGUGAGGCUGCAUUCGCACGAUGUUAAGUAUGGAACGGGUUCCGGACAGCAAUCGGUCACUGCCACUGAGGUGCAAGAGGAUGUCAACAGCCACUGGGCUAUCAAGGCUGCAACUGGAAAGAACUGCGAACGAGGAGAGCCGAUAAAGUGUGGAGACAUUAUUCGAUUGCACCAUUUGGCCACGAACAAAAACCUACACUCCCACCAUUUCCAGAGUCCACUGUCUGGAAACCAGGAAAUCUCAGCCUACGGUGACGAACAUGGUGUUGGCGACUCUGGCGAUCACUGGGUGGUGGUUUGCACGGGUGAAUCGUGGCAGCGCAACAGCCCGGUAAAACUGCGGCACGUGGAUACCGAUAUGUAUCUCUCCGUUUCCGGUCGAACUUUCGGUCGCCCUAUCAACGGCCAGAUGGAAGUGGUGGGCGUUUCGAGUCCGUACUCUGGAACCGAUUGGACCGCUGCCGAGGGACUGUUUAUCCACCAGACGGAAAAGGAUGGCGGUCCCAGACAUACCGAGCUGUAAGCUGUGACUGAUGGAUGAGGCUCAAACGGUGCAAAGCACAGUGAGACGGAUGAAAGUGGACGAUUGUAUGAGCUGAGUGACUGAAGAAGAUGCAAAUUCGUGUCGAAGAAGUGAGACUUUAAAACCAAAUGUAGGACGGUCGCGAAAAGCCAGGAUAUAGAAAUAGCAAAUUUGCACACUGUGAAUCGAUGAUGUGACAAAUUCUCGGAAGGACACCGUUUAAGGAGUUGGUACCUUCGCUGCUUUUAAGAUGCAUAGGAUCAAUAAACUCGACAUUUCUAUAGUAAAAA